AUGUGGGGCAUUGAGUGGUCUCUCAACCGAGUUCUCAACUUCGUCGUGCCGCCGCUCGGCCUGCUGCUGCUACUCGCAUGGGCGCCCGUGCUCUUCGCGCUCAACUAUGCGGUCCGCCUCGUCCGUUCCUUCUUUUCCAUGAGCGCCGCCCGGGAUAAGACCGUGCUCGUAACAGGGGCGUCGUCGGGUAUCGGUGAGCAUAUUGCGUAUGAGUUCGCCCGCCGCGGCUCUCGCCUGGUGCUGUGUGCCCAGAGGGAGGGACGGCUGCGCGAGGUGGCCCGGCGGUGCGGCAACAUGGGCGCGGCGGACGUGGCAAUCGUGGCGGGGGACGUGUCCAAGGAGGACGACUGCCGGCGCAUGGUGGACGCUGCUAUCACCAACUUCAGAAGCUUGGAUUAUCUGGUGUGCAAUGCGGGGAUCGGCCAUGCCUUCCUCUUCAAGGAUGCUCAAAGCAUAGAGGGGAUGAGACAAGUCAUGGAUGUGAAUUUUUUUGGCAGUAUGUGGAUCACUCUGCAUGCCCUGCCCUACCUGCGAAGGGCUCGAGGCCAGAUCCUUGUGAAUGCCUCCAUUGGCGCUUUCCUGCCCAUGCCUCGCUUCAGUAUCUACAAUGUGAGUGCAUCCAAGGGUCGCAAGGUGGAAAAUGUUGCAGUACAGUUCUGA